AUGCCCGCCAUUAGGCACGCCUCGAAGCGCAAACCGCCGCCAGAUGGCUUCAGUGACAUCGAGGACGACCUGCUCAUUUUCAGCAACAAGAUGAAGGAUGCGCAGAACACCCCGACCGACAACAUCCCCAAGCACCAAGCGCAAUGGCCCAUAUUCGAAAUCUCCCACCAGCGAAGCCGAUACAUCUACGAACUCUACUAUGAGAAAGAGGCGAUCAGCAAGAAGCUUUACGACUGGCUCCUGAAGAACGGGUAUGCGGAUGCUAUGCUGAUCGCAAAGUGGAAGAAACAAGGUUACGAGAAGCUGUGCUGCUUGCGAUGUGUGCAGACGAAGGAGACCAACUUUGCCUCGACCUGUAUUUGUCGGGUGCCGCGAGCACAGCUCAAGGAGGAUCAAGACAUACAGUGUGUCAGUUGCGGAUGCAGAGGAUGCGCUUCGAGCGACUGA